AUGAAGGGCGCGAGCCUCAGAACACCUUUUUUCUGGCUGCCUGUAGCCUUUCUUCUUGCAUUGCGGUGUGGAGUUGCCGCUGAGGAGAAUCCAUCAUUGCCUUCAGGGGCGGAGCACCAACCCGCGCAGCAGCCAGUCCCUCCUGCACCCACAUCAGCGGACAACAACGAAGGAACCGCCGCUGAAACUUCUGCUUCUCCUGUUGAUCCUGCUGGUGCUCCUACAGCCUCGUCACCCGACGCGCAGCAGCUGCAGCAGGAACAGCAGCAGAAGGCCUCGAACGCACCCGACUGGGACGCUGGCAACUUCCCCCCCAGCCCAUUAGAGAAAGCUCUCUACCAUCUUGGCGAAGCGGCAGGAGGAGACAACACCACCGCUCCGCUUCAAUACGAAGGCGCAACAACAGGAGCGUCAUCGCAAGCAGCUGCAGCAAAUGAUCUUCAAGGGGCAGCGGACGGGGAAGCAGCAGCAAAAGAAGCAGAUGCUACAGCAGGAACAGCAGCUCAACAGGGAUCUUCAGGCAUACACAACGGUAACCGUCUAAGAGGGCAAGCAGAGGGAGGAGCAGCAUGGGCGGGGCACUCAGGACGGAAUCCAGCAGCAGAUGGGGAAGAAGCAGCACGGAAAGCUGACGAAGCAAAGAAAGGGUCAGCAGAGCGUCACGCAAAAGAAGGAAGAGGUGGUGCGCGAGCAAGCAAGACGUCAGGUGGUUCAGGAUCAGGAGCAUCAUCAUCAGGCCUCUCCGGCGGUUCAAUAGAUAUCUCUGAUUACCUAUCCCCCUGUCACCUCCAAUCUUUCCCUUCUCCUCCUUCAUUUGGGCCUCGUUUUGUGGUUUUAGUAUCUCAGUUAACUGGGGGGAAGAUGCGCGUGCUGCGUGAGGGCUCAGUUUCAAUGCAGUGUACCCCGUCUGACCGUAUGCUCACUAUCUUUUAUGAUUUUAACCCCAAAUGCAUCGUCAAGAGGUAUAUCAAAGCUAUGCAGGGCUUCUUCGCAGGCCCUGUGCAACCUAAAACUAGGACAGAGCCUCUUCCUAAUGGCUGCAGCUGCCAUCACAGAGCAGGAGAUGAAGCCCCGCCUGUCUUUGCUGUUCGCGAACCAAGAAAGGGAGACAUUGAUGCAAUAGUUCUCCGCUGUGCAAACCAGCAAGAAAGAGUGUACCCGCUCAUCGACUCAACGCAGCAGCAGGAGCAGCAGGAGCAGCAGGAGCAGCAGGAGCAGCAGGAGCAGCAGGAGCAGCAGGAGCAGCACUACGGGCCCUUCUGUCCCCUACCUGACCCUCUGGCUGCCUUAGGUGUGGUUCAGGGCCCCAGCGGAGUUCCAACAAAGGUUGGUUUCUGUUUAUUUCGUGUCUUAGGGCUUUCUUUUACGUCUGUUUCUGCGGGUUUGUCUAGCUUGAGUGUGAGGGGGAGAUUUGGUAAGGAGGGGGAGGAAGAAGAAGAAAGCUCUGUGCCAGUUGAUCUACCAGAUGACUGCAGCAGCAGCAGCAGCAGCAGCAGCAGCAGCAGCAGCAGCAGCAGCAGCAGCAGUAACGGCUGCAGCAACGACAGCAGCAGCAAAAACAGCAGCAGCUGCAGCAGCAGCAACAGCAGUGGCAGCGGCAAUACCUCUUUUUGUAUGCGCGUUUGUGAGGCAGUAAAAAGGGGCAGAGGCAUGCCCUUCGGGGUCCUGCUGCUUCAAGAAGGUGCUGCAGAAGGUGCUGCAGCAGCAAGUGCUGCAGCACCUUCUGCAGCACCUUCUGCAGCGGCACUUCCAGCAGCAGGGCAUGCAGCAAUAGCUGCAGCAGCACCUGCCGCAGCACCCGCAGCAUCACCUGCAUCAGGAGCGCCUGCCGCAGCAACGCAUGCAGCAAUAGCUGCAGCAGCACCUGCAGCAGGAGCGCCUGCCGCAGCAACACAUGCAGCAAUAGCUGCAGCAGCAGCACAUGCAGCAAUAGGUGCGGCAGCACCUGCGGAUGGGACACCUGCAGCAAUAGCAGCUGCAGCACCUGCAGCAACAGCACUUGCUGCAACAAUAUCGAAAUCAGCACAUGCUGCAAGAGGUACAAUGGCACCUGUAGUAAUGGCUGCAGCAGCACCUGCAGCAGCACUUACAGCAGUAACUGCAGCAGCACUUGCAGCAGCACUCGCAGCAUGGCGUGUGUGGAGUUUGCCGCCUCUUUGCUGCGGCAGCAAGACACUGCAGCAGCAAGAUACUGCAGCAGCAAGACACUGCAGCAGAAAAGGGGAAGCAAACCAACAGAAAGAAAUGAGACAGGCACACGCUUUAGCCUGUCAGCAGCUUUCUACACAACAAGCGGAGACCUUCUCUAAUUGA